CGGCAACCCCCGGCUAAGCGACGCGCACCGGCACCUACCGCCUACUCCCCGCACCGCCCUUGCUUACCUCCCGGCCCGGCCCGGCCCACGCUGCCGCCCGGCCGCCGCCGAACUCCAUUUCCCGUGAGGCCCAGCGGCGGAGCUGCGGGAGGGCUGCGGCCGCGGAGCAGGUCAAUUUCCACAACCGGUGCCAAAGGAAAGAAGAUGGGAGCCGAAACUGCUGUCAAGGAGACAGUGCUCAUUACUGGAGGAGGAGGCUACUUUGGCUUCGGUUUAGGCUGUGCCAUGUACCAAAAGGGAGUUGAUGUGAUUCUCUUUGAUGUUGUGAAGCCACUUCAAACUGUGCCAGAGGGAAUAAAGUUCGUGCAAGGGGAUGUCUGUUGCCUGUCGGAAGUGGAAGAGGCUUUCAGAGAUGUAAUCUGCGUAUUCCAUAUCGCUUCCUAUGGAAUGUCUGGAAGGGAGCAGCUGAACUGGAAACUGAUAGAAGACGUUAAUGUGAAAGGCACAGAAAAUGUCAUCCAAGCCUGCAAGAGCAGAGGAGUGUCGAGUCUGGUUUACACAAGCACAUAUAAUGUGGUAUUUGGAGGCCAGGUUAUAGAAAACGGGGAUGAAUCUCUGCCUUACCUACCUCUUCACCUUCAUCCAGACCACUACUCCCGGACCAAAUCUGUAGCUGAAAUGAAGGUGCUGGAGGCAAAUGGCGCUGAGCUUAGAAACGGGAAAGGUAUAUUAAGGACCUGUGCUCUCCGACCAGCAGGCAUCUAUGGACCUGGAGAACAAAGACAUCUUCCAAGAAUAGUUAGCUACAUUGAAAGGGGACUGUUUAAAUUUGUAUAUGGAGAUCCACAGAGUUUAGUAGAAUUUGUACAUGUAGACAAUCUAAUUCAGGCUCACAUUCUUGCCUCUGAGGCCCUCAAAGCUAACAAAAAGCACAUAGCUGCAGGCCAAGCCUACUUUAUUUCAGAUGGCAGGCCUGUAAAUAACUUUGAGUUUUUCCGGCCCUUGGUGGAAGGUUUGGGUUACAAGUUCCCAACCUGUCGCCUGCCUCUUUCUGUUGUCUAUUUUUUUGCAUUCCUUACUGAAGUAGUUCAUUUGCUGGUAGGACAUGUUUAUAAUUUUCAGCCUCUCCUCACUCGCACAGAGGUUUACAAAACAGGUGUCACACAUUAUUUUAGUAUGGAGAAGGCCAGAAAGGAACUGGGGUACCAACCUCAGCAGUAUAGCCUGAAUGAAGUGGUUGAGUGGUUCAGAGCUCAGGGCUGUGGACCAAAGCCAAGAAAGUACAGCAUUGUGCAUCUUGCUAGGGAUGGAGGAUUGCUCUUCCUGCUGAUUGCUGUGAUGGUCUCAUGGCUUUCAUCCACUGUUUCACUCUGAAAAGAUGAAAUGCUGAGUACGGAGGACAGAAUUCAGUUAUGUUCUCUGAGUACUUUGGUUUUGACAGGUAACAGAAUGGAAAAAAGGACAAGAAAAAAUAAUAAAAUAGACAUUUUUUGUAAUGUCAUUCAGGUAAAUAGCAGUUUUAUCCCUGGGGAACAGAAAUGCUGAGUAAAAAGAUGCUAAUUUUUAUACAUAGUUCUCUUCAAAGCAAAAAUUUAUCAGAUCACUAAUAAGGUGAAGCUCAGUAUUGCUACAAGCAGCAUUUUAUUUUCUGGUAAAAGAGCACGCUACAGUGAAUAGAACAAAUGUCCCUAGGCUGACCCUUCUCCUUCCCUAAUGAGACUAUACUCUUCAUUCCUGCCUUUUAUUCCUAAAACUUUGGUGCUACGUGAUCCAGAGCAAAAUAAACUUAUUCCUUCAUCACAUUCCAAAACCAAAUCCUGCUUUCCAGCUUGGUGUUGCGUGAAGCAGGGGUAAACUUAGUAAGAGAUGAAGUCCUUUGCUUUCUAGCCAGUCCUCAGAGAUUAGAAAGGCUAGGGGCCAGUGGAUUUCUCUUUUACUAGUGAUGCCAGUUAGGUGGGGUGUAGUUCCCAACGCCACAUGUAUGAGCAGCCCAGUUGUAUUGCAGUGGGGCUGCAUUUCAGCAUGAAUGAUGGUUUGGUUACAUUUGCAGUGUUUCUACAGAUUAUUUGCAUUGCCAGUGAUGGAGACUUGGCUGCAGCAAUUGUUCUACAGCUUUACAAUUGUCACUACUCCCUUAAUUACCUGGGACAACAUACACUGAGUACCAGUGCCAGGACACAGCUUACCAAAAGUGUGUCCCUGCUGGAUAGAGAGGAAGACAAACCUGUCAUAGUGUCCCCAGUAUUUUGUUUGUGGAAUUCUCACCCACACACUGGGUUCCAAAGGGGCUAACAUUGAUGACUCGGUUUGCUGUUGUGUAAGGUGUUGGGGGAGGACUGCAGUUGUAUCACUGAAUGGACUUCUGGGUUGCACAAAUAAUUCUUCCUGGCCUCUCAGACUUUGAUGUCUUCUGCUGGGAAAAAAGCCAUCUUCUGCCAGGAAUAGCUAACUGCUGUGAUAAGCGAGACAAAGGCAUUCCAGGGCCACACCUGGCCUAAACCAACAUCCAUGUUUUGAUCUCAUCACCAAACAUGGACAGUCGUGUCUUCACCCAGUGUUCUGAUUCAGAACUAGAUGCUUAUCAACAAGUUACUCUUUUCCUAUUUCCAGUAUUUGUGCUUCCAACACUUGGAUGUAUAUGUGCCUAACCAAGAUUGAUUAGCUCCUAGACAAUAAAUAAAUGCUUCUUUUAAUACA